AAACAGGAGGAAACCACAAGGUAAUUUCCUGCCUUGCCCAAAGGAAAACCUGAUCAAGGUUCCUUCUUCAGGCUUGCAGAUGCGUGGGAGGAAGGUGCAGYGUGGUUCAGAUUCCUCCUACAUCUCACUGCUGUGGGACCGUCCCGCAGGCGGAUUGAUUCUUAUCCAAACGGACGAAGCAAACGCAAUUAACGGAGUAGGUCGAGCAGGUUCUAAUUCCUUGGAAGAAAAACAACCGUGAGAGAAAAAAAAAUUGGGGGAAUGCAUGAUUGCACCUGAUAAAAUCCCACUGACUGGAGGAGAGAGGAAGAGGGAUUUGGAGGCGCGCGACCGCCUGCGCGCAAGCUGCAGACCAUGCGCAUGUAUCCCCUCCUCCCUUUGCCUUCACCAAAAUAAAAAAAAAGCUGCUUUGUCAAACUGAAGCAUGUCGGCUGACGAGCACUCGGAGCUCUCUUGAAGAAAUCGAAGCGCGUGGGAAACAUGCUGCRCGCACGGGAAGCAGGUGGAGUGGAAGAGAGGAGAGCCGGAGCGACGCGCAACAACAAUCCGUUGGACGAAAGCACCUGCUUCAGACUGAAAAAAACACCUCAGUCCUAGCUGCUGAUUCUUCUCCACAAAUCUGGAUUUGUCUCGGGUUAGAUUUGGGAAACGGGACAAUGGAGGCGUCAUGAACGCACGGCCAGUUUGGAGAUCACCUUAAGGGCMAAAAGGACAACUCUGAUAAUUUUCUUAAAAAUAAGGAGGUCUGGUGGUUCUCUGCCAGGAUGAGCGGGGUUCUUCUGUUAGGACAGUCCCUCUACAUCGGGAUGGAGGUGCUGAUCGCAGUGGCCUCUGUGAUCGGGAACGUGAUGGUGGUCUGGGCGGUGAGGAUUAAUAAAUCCCUGCGAGACACCACGUUUUGUUUCGUCGUCUCCCUGGCUCUGGCGGAUAUUGCGGUGGGAGCGCUCGUCAUCCCGCUGGCCAUCACCAUCAGCAUCGGACUCCAGACGCACUUUUACAGCUGCCUGCUCGUGGCGUGCACGGUGCUGGUGCUGACGCAAAGUUCAAUCCUGGCCCUGCUGGCCAUCGCGAUUGACCGCUACCUCAGGAUCAAGAUCCCGACCAGAUACAAGCGAGUGGUGACCCCUCGGCGAGCUGGCCUGGCGGUGGUGAUCUGCUGGAUGGUGGCUUUUAUUGUGGGACUCCUGCCGAUGUUGGGCUGGAACAACCUGAAUCGCUUCCAGCAGAACGGCUCCGUCAGCACAAACCUCAGCAUCACCUGCGAAUUUGAAAACGUCAUCAGCAUGGACUACAUGGUCUACUUUAACUUCUUCGGCUGGGUGCUUCCCCCGCUGCUGCUCAUGCUGGUCAUCUAUGCAGAGAUCUUCUUCAUGAUCCACAAGCAGCUGAACAAUAAGAAAAUCACCUCCAGCUACUCGGACCCCAAAAAGUACUAUGACAAGGAGCUGAAUCUUGCCAAAUCUCUGGCUCUGGUGCUUUUCCUCUUCGCCRUCAGCUGGCUCCCUCUUCACAUCAUCAACUGCAUCACACUCUUCUGCUCGCAGUGCCAGACGCCGAGUGUUCUCCUCUACGUCGCCAUCCUGCUCUCGCACGGCAACUCCGCCGUCAACCCCAUCGUCUACACUUUCCGCAUCAAGAAGUUCCGCACGGCCUUCCGGAAAAUAUGGCAGCAGUACUUCCGCUGCAAGGAACUGUCGGCUCUGGACUUCCAGCAAAGUGACCGGAAAGACACGCCCAAUCCGGUGCCGCUGCCUCCCGCUCCGAUGAAGGACUUUAAAUCGUACCCACCACUUCAGCCGGGGCAGCCUUCACCUGAGCUACAAAACGACCUGAAGAUCAAAACACCUUAGGAACCUCACAAACAUGCUUGGUGGAGCAGAGCACGGCCUGAGCGAAGGCAGAGGGGCUGAUGGUUGGAGAUGCAAAAGGUCACAGCACGAGCAGCGGCUCCCUCCUCUUGAGAAGGUAGUGUUAUGAAGAUCAUAAAUUUCUGGGCAAAAAAGCUGCAAAGCCGUUGCGAGGGAGGCAACACAGCUCAGUGGAAGAUAAUUCAUCUCCUCUCAGGAGUACAUAAAAAAGCAGGUACUGAUAAACCUGCGAUACUGGAGGUCCUAUUGACUCUGUUUAUCUUAGUAACAGACUGAACACAUUAAGCUUUAACUGUUUAUGGUAAAACAGCUGGAGUGAACUUCAGAGAAAUGUGAAAUCUGAUUUGUCAAUAUCAGACGCUCAAACGUUGCAACACGCUUGAGCAUUUAUACAACCAACAGAGCAGGGUAGCCACACUACUGUAAUAAUGUGUAAUGUGUUUAAACUGACUCUGGCUCCAAAAUAUUGAAUGUAAGCUAAAGUAAAUCUGAGCAGCACAGCUGUGAAUGCUCAUUUUAUCUUCAGGGUCUUUAUUGCACAACAGCGUGCAGAGAAGGCAGCCGUACGAGGGAGGGUAGUACAGUGAGGGGGUGCAGCACAAAUGUUUUGUAGCCUCUUUAAAUGUCUGCACCGAAGCUCAGGCCCCUCAGUGAUCCAGCAGCACUUUCCCACUGCAGGAGAGACAGACAGGCACAUGGUUGCUGUGGGAGGUUUUAAAUUUUUAAAAGCUACACGCAGGACGCUUGUAGCAGCUAAUCGUGGGGCAGAGACACAAGAUGCUCUUAAAGCUCAUCUCUGGGCGGCUGACAUGCCAGUUUGUGGUGAAAAUGAUGGUUUCCUUUCCUCGUUACCAUAAAGUCGUAUUUCCUGCCAAAGACUAAAGCUUCCACGGCCUUUUUUWAAUCACCAUCUAAACAAUAUUGACAGAAGUUUCCAGCAGAAACGUCCACCUGAAGAUUGUAUUUACUGUCCUGUUCGCUCAUUAUUCAUGCAUAUUUCCAAAUGAUCUGUAGAUCAGUAAUUAAAUAAUGACACUUAACUUAAACACGAUGUAUGAGAAUGUAAAGCUACAGUUUUGUUCUUUGUAAAGAUUUUAUCUUUGGCCUAGAAAAAUCAAUGACAAUCUGUCUCUUAAGAUUCACACUUUUUCCCCGUCUUUUAAUGCCUCACUUGCUGGUAGAGAUGAUGACAAUUUUAAUGCUUAAAAGGCUUUAAAAAAAAAGGAAAAUCGUAAUGCAGUUAUUCUUGGCGUAAAUGUUAAAACACAACCCAGGCCUGUCCCUUGUGGUUGUAAGCUGAAGCAAACYUGCAACAGGAAAUGUGAUUCGAAGCAAAGGUCACUCAGACCAGACUGUUUUCUCUUAUUCAGAGAGGAAAUUCUGUUAAAUAAUGUUCCAGACGAGUGCCGUCGUUGUUCACAUCAGUAGGGAAAAAAAAAGUUUAAAAGGUUCGUCUGAUUUCUGCAGUACAGGAAACACUCAGAUGGUCUUCAUGGUUUUUAUACAUUUUUUACAAAAAGAUUAACCAAAACGUUAUGCUUAAAGUGAAGUAAAGAAGCUAAAACUGUCUUGCAAAGUUUAAUGAAAGGCACAAUUCUUACUAAAAAUUUAAGAAAUGAUGCCGAUUAAAGUCUGUAUGAAUCUCUAAAAGGGGGAUCUGUGUGAUCCAGCAGCAUUUGGUUAAGGUGUGAACAGCCUCAGCCCACACUGAAAAUUGUUUUACUUUGUUCCUCUUUGGAGGUGGUCUGUACCCUAUUUAUUGAGAAGGGGUUAUAUGCGGAAUCAAAGUGGGCGUGUCACAAGAGUGGGCGUGUCUAAACCAUAAACACUGUGGGCUAUGAGGCCUACA